UUGUUAUUAGCUAUUGAUCUUUUAUGGCGCUUGAUUUAUAAAGUAAACAUCCUAGGUGCUGGGAAGAUGGCUCAGAGGUUAAGCAAGCUUACUGCUCUUCCAGAGGAUCCAAGAUCCAUCUCUUUUUUUUUCUUUUCUUUUCUUUCCGGAAGCUGGGGACCGAACCCAGGGCCUUGCGCUUCCUAGGCAAGCUCUCUACCACUGAGCUAAAUCCCCAACCCUGAUCCAUCUCUUAUCUAUACGGGUUGACUGUCGGCGUUAGAAGGUGCGUCAUUUAAUGUGCAGUUCGAACUGCUACCAUAGUCUUUGAUGUCAGUGUUCUGUUGAUAUUAGGAAAAACUAUUCUCCAUACACCACCUGCAAUACAUCCUCCCUCCCCCGCUCCUAUACCCCCCUCCCGCAGGAACGGAAGCUGACUUAGGCCAACCGUUUUUUUUUUUCUCCUCUGGGCCCCGCCCAUCUCACCCCAACCUCUGCAGCUGUCAUGGCGGCCUGGCGGUUAAGUUUGUGCGCUCGCAGUCUUUUCGCGAUUCGAGGGCUGCAGGCUGCCCCACUUCGCUGGAAAUCCAGCUCCUCCAGGGCUGUUAUCGCCCGGUCCGCUGCGGCCAGUAAGAAGCGGCGGGAAGAACCGACCAUACAGUGGAUGGAGGACCCAGAGCCCGAGGAUGAAAACGUGUACUUGAAGAACCCAAACUUCCACGGUUACGACGACGACCCCAACAUGGAUGUCUGGAAUAUGCAGGCCGUCUUCUUCUUUGGUUUUUCCAUCGCCCUGGUCCUUGGCACUACCUUUGUGGCUUAUGUGCCCGACUACAGGAUGCUCGAGUGGGCCCACCGGGAAGCUAUGAUGCUGGUGAAAUACCGAGAAGCCAAUGGGCUCCCCCUCAUGGAAUCCAACCGGUUUGACCCCAGCAAGAUCAACCUGCUGGACAAUAAGUGAGCGAGGCUAAAGCAGCGCUACCCGCCCACUCCCUGCCUGUUUUCCUGCUCACUCCCCAGAGAAUCUACCAAACAUGUUGAAAGAGUGUUACUCCAGCUAGGCCUGUCAGUUAUUUGGCUAAGGGACCACACCUCAGGAAGACUGAUUCACCUAAAACUAUGCUGAAGAGAUGAGAGGAACAAUUAUUUCCUUAACGAGAUAAUGCAUUUCCCUUUGCAGAAACUCUGUCCUGGAUCUAGUCACCUGUGGAGCCUCCACCUUGUAGUCUGCUCACUACACGGAGGCCUAAGUUACAAAACAUAGCUGUUUCAUUUUCCCUUCUUUUGAAUACUUGCAAAUGUCUGGACUUUUUUUUUUUUUUUUUUUUUUUUAAUUUCUCUUGAUGUUCUGGGCACCUGGCUUCCUUUGUAUCCCCCUCUUCUGCUUCUGCCAUGGGGCUGCUUGGACAACCUCCAUUACUAACUUCAUGCCUAACCCAAAAAGGCGUGGCUUUCUCUUCUCCGUAUUUCUUCUGGGUUUUCAGGUUGCUUGGCCCCGCUAUGUUUCUUUUAAACUCUAAUUAAAUGAUUCUUAAGCUUC